UGACCAGUAUUUAUGCUCGGACUUCUCUUCUUGUGGUAAACCACACACACAAUAAGAAUCUUUAAUCAUAAUUCGAGUGAACAAAAUGUGCUACAAAAAGAUUAUCCCUCUUGUUAUUCCACCGGAGAGCUUCCACGAAAACGUGCCGGCAGCAGGAGUGACGGUGUCAACAGAGGUGGUAGUCACCGUCGGUCGCCACCGUGACGGUCGUGGUGAAAAGAAGAAGUGUGUGUGUUCACCAUCGACUCAUCCAAGAUCGUUCAAGUGUAGGUAUCAUCAUCAUGAAUAUCAAUGGGUUCCUUCUUCGUCUUCCCUCCCCAAAUGACACAUCAUCAUGUAAUCAACAACUAUAGUCUUACUUUCAUGGUUAUUUAUUAAUUUAAUCAAAGUAGAAUCGUGAAUGUUCUGUUUCAUUAUAAAGUUUAUCCUUCCUAUCAUUAUAAAACGAUGUUCACAAAGGUUUACAAGUCGACAGCGAUCGAUGUUAAAGAAAUAAGUGGUUACCAUGGUUCCGGUAUAA